GGCAAACAGUCAGAGAAACGAGUGAGAAGUGAUCUGCGGUGGAAAACCGCACUGCCCGGGACGAGGAGUCUCCCCCAAUCCCUUUCAAGCCAAAGAGGAUCAUUGCUCUGGUGAUUCCCAAUGCCGCCCUCGCCUUUGGAAGACCGUAUAGUGGUGCUUCAAAGACCCAAAACUUUAGCAUUGCGGCUCAACCAAAAUCUUACUGGAGAUAAGAACAUAUUGCCAGGAGUAAAAUCACCUUAUAACACAAGACAGAAAACCAACAGCUUGAAAGAACAGUCUAAUCUGGGGACUACAGAACCCAAGACUGUCAGGCAACAGAAACACACUGAUGUUCAAAUUUCACUGGAAUCCAGACAGGGAAAGUCUAGUCAGCAGAAAUGUUCAGUAUAUUCAGACUUAAUUCAAAAUGACAAGCAAAGUGCAAAGCACACCUCUCAAGUUGGUCCAAAGUUCAAGGCUGUACCAGUGGUGGCUAGGGUCACUAAGGACAAUUCUUUCAAGGAAAACUCAAGGCCUUCCCAGACUGUAGUUGUUACCACCUCUCAGUUUUCUAGCCCAGAGCUUUCCUGCAGCAGUGACAGUAUGCAUCCCCUGAAGUGUGGUUGCCGGGGGUGCUGGAAGUUCAUGCGUUGCGAAGAAGCAAGCUCCAGUGGUUGCCUCACAUGCAAGUCAAGCCUCAAGUCUGCCAGUUGCUUCUCCUGCAAGUCUGCCAUCAAAAAACUGAGUUGUGUCACUUGUAGCCCCACUAUGAAAAAAGUUGGCUGCCUUCCAUGUGGUCCAACUUUAAAAUCUCUUAGUUGCUUAACAUGCAAUCCUUCUGUAAAAUCUCUCAGCUCUUCAUGCAGCUUUUGUAGCAGUGACCCUAUUGUCACCUAUGAUCCCCAUGGCUCAAAGUCCAGCUGUAAUGACGAUGAUGACGAUGACUACAGUGUCCGCACAAUCUGGCCAGAAGAACUUGCUAAAAAGAUAACCAAGUCAAAAGUUCAUCAACAGACACCCAUGAUAUUAGACUGUAGAAAUUUAAUGGAAUAUACAAAGAGCCAAAUUCAAGGUGCUAUGCAUUUCACCUGCUCUGACUCAACAGGCAGACGAAGACUUCAUCAAGGGAAAUUAGCUGUGUUGGACUUUAUUUCCUCCAAAGAAGGUAGAGACUCCUUAAAAAGGCUUUGGCCCAAGGAUCAGACUGGACCUCUUAAUUCUAACCCUAGCAAAGAACCUUCAAAAACAUUGCCAACACAAAACCUGAACCUCGUCUUGGAUUCCCUUAAUAAAAAUUCAGAAGACCUCUUUACAGAAAAAGGUACAGCACCUGAGAAAGAAGGUGUACCUGGAGACUUGCCCCUACUGGAGAGCAAGAUUGGACUGUCAGCAGGAACUCCAGUGGCAUUAACACCUGACCUAGAAAAUGCAGAACUGAGUAUCAUACUGCCAUUUCUUUUUUUGGGAAGUGAAAAAGAUGCCCAGGACCUAGAAAAGAUGCGAAAUCUAAAUAUUGCGUAUGUUGUGAAUGUCACAACCCACCUUCCAUUAUAUCAUGCUGAAACAGGCUUGAUCCGCUACAAGCGUUUACCAGCUACAGAUAACAGCAAGCAGAACUUGCGGCAGUACUUUGAAGAAGCUUUUGAAUUCAUUGAGGAAGCUCAUCAGUGCAGCAAAGGAGUUCUAGUCCACUGUCAAGCUGGGGUUUCGCGUUCUGCUACCAUUGUUGUUGCCUACUUAAUGAAGCACACCCUGAUGACGAUGGCAGAUGCCUACAAAUAUGUCAAGGGGAAGCGACCCAUAAUCUCCCCUAACCUCAAUUUUAUGGGACAGCUUCAGGAGUUUGAAAAUGACCUUAAUGCUGGCAUUACACCCCGAAUUCUCACCCCAAAACUGACUGGUGUUGAAACUGAAGUAUAGCAGUGUAUGAGAUAUCCCCCUCCUCCACCACUGCCAAAGUAUGUAAAUUUAAAAUGCCCAUGUUUUCAUAAUAGUUUGGUCACUUAAACAGGACACAUUUUGAAUAAAAAAUGAAUAUGCAGUCUAAUAAAUGUGCCUGCAAAACACUUUUGAACUGAAGCAUUAAAAUAAAACAAAUUAUUCUGAUUUCUAAAUCUGCAUUCCCACACAUUACAAUACCAUUUAAAAUAAUAUAUGUAGUUUUCUUAAUUGUUUUAGUACUGUCAUUUUAAUUACAGUUUACCUUCCUCCUUUUUGUAAACAUUAUUUCCAUACUGGGUAUUUGAAUAGAAGAAAUGUUUCAAAGUGCCAGAUUUUGAUAACCUAUUAAUAGUGCAGCCUGAUUUUAUGCACUUGAUACUAUUUUAACAACAAAGAGAAAUGGUAUUGUAAUAGCAGGGGAAAUUGUGUUACAUUUUAUAUGUAACAUCUGUUUUUAACAUGAGCAAAAAUCCUUACAUAAAUGCUUUUGUAAGCUAUAAUAUACUGAGCCACAUGAAUUUAUUUCAGGACAUACAGAGUGUUGUGUGUGUCAUAGUUUUGUAAAGCAUGAACAUAUUUCAAUAACUUCCAGUGGGUGUGCACUAUAACUUUAGAAGGGCUUUUAUAAAAUAUGCAGAUCCCAGCAGUUGGCAGGAUUUCUAUGGCAGCACAUAUUAGAGCCUAAUCAUGCCAACAGUAGCAGUUCACCAUCACUUUACUAGAAAUAAUUAUUUCUGCUGAACAGAAAAAUUUUUUACGUUUUUUUCAGGUUUUCUUUUGUGUCACUCCAUCUGUCUUUUCUUCCCAAUUUCUACAGCUACUGAUAGCACAUCUGGUAUGCCUAUAAGAAUAUGUAUGUACGCAUGUAAAUGCACACGCUCACACAGAGACACACAUAUUCACACACUGUCUGUCUCAUUAUGCACACACAUAUAUACACAUUUAUUGGAGUCUGACAAACUUUAUAUGUUGUGAAAUUUGUCAGCAUUUUCAUGUAAUUAGGAGUAUUUCAUUCACAGAUAAGACAAUCUCUGUAGCUCAAGGUUACCUUUAUAUUUUUACAAUUAAGUGAUUGAGAUUUCAGCUUGAAAAAAAUGAGGUAGCCCCAAAGUCACAUAAAAACAAUAGAGGCCGCUUACAAUUCUAUAUCACAUGCGGUAGCUCCCCACUUGAAGACAUAUUGGAAUGCAACUGGGGGACCACAUGUCCAUGAAAUCUACUGCCAAGCCUCUACCUCUUGUAAAUCAGUGCUCAGCUUUAUUGCCCAUUUUAUAGGGCAGCUGGUAUCUGUCCAAUUAAUAGUCAGUGCCCACUGUACUGAUGAUACCCCAGCAAGUCCUAGAAGUCCUGUUGUAGCAACUCUGACUGCUGCCAUUCUGGAAUGCUUGAAGAUUGGUCUUCCCCUUCUCUUCAGCUGUGUUAAAGAUGCUGAACCCCUCCAUGUACAAGAAUUUAUGAGAAAGACUACAUUUUCCAUGAGUGCUCGCCACUCUGAGAAGAAGCAGUUCCUGCAUCCUUCCAUGUUUGGAUGCUACAUUUCUCAGAGGAUUAUCUGAUAUGGAAACUGCCCAUUCUAAGACAGCAACCCCAAAGAUGUUCCAUUCUCUGGGAAUUACUGUCUGCCUCUUCAUUUCUAAUACCAUACUCUUCUGGAGUUGACAUUUAUGGGAAGUGAACCUAGUCACAGGCCAAGUUGUUCAUGAUUUGUCUUUUUAUGCCUUUAACUUAAGGUACAGCACCCCAAA